AUGCAUAGGAAAUUGAUGCUGUAUGAGAAAAGAGAAUCAGGAGCAGAAGAAUCUGUGGAUGGUAGUGUUGCAAGUGAGGUUGAAUCCGGUGAUCCGGUGUUAACAAUCGACCGGCUAAAAACAGCACUAAAAAACGAACAAAGAGCUCUCAGUGUUAUAUAUCAAGAACUAGAAGAAGAGAGAAGUGCAUCAGCCAUAGCUACAAAUCAAACAAUGGCAAUGAUUACAAGGCUGCAGGAAGAAAAAGCAGCAAUGCAGAUGGAAGCAUUGCAAUACCAAAGAAUGAUGGAAGAACAGGCGGAAUAUGAUCAAGAAGCUUUACAGCUUUUGAACGAUUUAAUGACGAAAAGAGAGCGAGAGAAGCAAGAACUUGAAAAAGAAUUGGAAGAGUAUAGGGAAAAAGUUAUGGAAUAUGAAGCAAAAGAGAAACUAAGUUUGUUGAGAAGAAUGAAAGAUGGAAGUGUAAGAAGUAGAGACUCUUCUUGUUCUUGUUGCAACACCGGAUACACUGAUGAAUUAUCGAUCGAUCUUAACAAUGAAGAAAAGGAAGACGAUAACAAUGAAAAUGCUGAUGAUUCAGUUUCUAAGUUGGAAGAGAUGGCAUUAGAUUGUUUAAAACAUGUAAGUGAACUUGAUAGUACUUUAGAAGAAUUUGAGGAAGAAAAAGCUUCUAUUUUAGAUCAACUCAAAGCAUUAGAGGAAAAGAUAGUUUCAUUGGAAGAUGGUGAAGAGUUUCUUGAAGAGAGUUCAUCAAGAUAUGGUGACAAAGAAGACUAUUCUAAUGGUUGCUUGGCAAAGAAGUUACUUCCAUAUUUAGAUGAAGCUGACAAUGAAAAUGAUGAAGAAGCAUUUGCAUAUGACAGAGAAUUGGAGAAUGGAUCAAAUGAUAUGCAAAACACAGUUCCAAUAAUAAGUGAAAUGGAUAGCAUGAAAGUGUGUAUUGAAGAAGAAGUUGAUCGCGUUUACGACAGGUUACAAGCUCUUGAAACAGAUAGAGAGUUUCUACAACAUUGUAUGGGAUCCAUACAAAAUGGUGGUGAUGAAGGAAAAGAUUUGCUUCAAGAAAUCUUGCAACAUCUUCGUGAUCUUAAGAAUGUUGAACUACGCCUUAAGGAUCUCGACAAUGAUCCAUCCAGUAUAGUUAUGUUGCAUUCACCAAGCAAAGACUUGUAA